AUGCUAAAGGAACAUAUAAAAGAAUCUUCAAUUGAGGAAGAAGAUCGACGAUAUGAAUAUGCUUUAAGAUACUUUGUAAGUUACAAAAACGCUUCAAAAUUAAAUGGAUAUCUUGGAAAGCCGGUUUACAUGCAGGACGUUGUCAAAGGCAUGAUAAAGACAUCCAUAAGAAAAGGUUGGCAAGACAACGCUUUUAACCAGUUCGUUAGUGAUCUAAUACCUUUUGAUCGUAUGUUACCUGAUGUAAGAGAUGAGGGAUGCUUGAAAAGAAACUACAGCGCAAAUUUACCAGAAGUUUCCGUAGUUAUAUGUUUUCAUAACGAAGCUUGGUCAACACUCUUACGAACAAUACAUUCAGUUUUAAACAGGUCGCCGGGAAAUUUGCUAAAAAUAAUAAUAUUAGUGGAUGAUUUUUCUACGAUGCCUCACUUGAAAAAUAACCUAGAUGAAUACAUUAAAAAGUUUCCAAAAAUAUGCCUGCUACGUACAAAACGAAGGGAAGGUCUCAUCAGAGCAAGAAUACUGGGUGUGAUGAAAGUGAAUACUCCUGUUGUUUGUUUUAUUGACAGUCACUGUUGGUUGGAACCUUUACUAGACCGUAUACAUAACAACCCCAAAACAGUCGUAAGCCCAGUUAUAGAUAGUAUCGAUACUUCUACAUUCGAGUACAUAUCUCAAGAUGCAAAGGACAUUUUAAUUGGUGGAUUCAAUUGGAACUUAGAAUUUGUAUGGAAACAAGUCCCCUCAAGUAUCGUAAGGAGUAAGGAAAACGUUUCUGCACCGAUCAAAACGCCUACUAUAGCUGGGGGUCUAUUUGCUAUAAAUACAGAAUAUUUCAAACAUAUUGGUUAUUACGACGAAGGAUUCGACAUAUGGGGAGGGGAAAAUUUAGAAUUGUCGUUCAAAGUAUGGAUGUGUGGGGGCUUAUUGGAGAUAGUUCCAUGCUCACAUGUUGGGCAUAUUUUCCGUGAGCAUUUUCCUUAUAGCGGAAAAAAGGGAUCGUUUAAAAGAAAUUCGGUGCGACUUGCAGAAGUUUGGCUCGAUGAGUACGCAAAAUAUUUUUAUCAACGAAUUGGUACAAAAGGCCUAUAUGGAGACGUUAGUGCUAAAAAAGAGUUACGUAAGAAAUUAAAAUGCAAAUCAUUUGAUUGGUAUCUUACCCAUGUAUAUCCUGAGAUGAAGAAAACUAUCCACAACGCUGCUAGUGGACAGUUCUGGAUAUACACAAGAGAAGGAAGAAUACAAUCUGAAAAUCUUUGUUUGGAUUACAUGCUAAAUGUAGUAAUGCUAAUGACUUGUCGAGAUCUAAACGAUAGUCAAGUGUGGUUGUAUGAAAACAAGACGAAAUAUAUUAGACAUAUGCAAACGAGAUAUUGUCUUCAAGUAACGGCUACAGAAAGGUUUCAAGUAAGCCUGGAAAGAUGUAUGGAAGACAGUGUCCAAAGGUGGGAUCUAGAGAACUUUGAUGUUGAUAAACUUGUUCCUGAAUUAAAAAACUCAAGUCAAGUUUUC